UUGCACCGCCACCCUCCCGCUCGCCCACCCCUCCAGCCACCCACCGCCUGUCUGCCUACCUACGACACACGAGGCCGAGAGAGAGAGGAGAGAGAACGAGGGCAGGCGGCCUGUAAGCCCGUUAUACUUCCACACAGGGACAAGCAGGACACGAGUCACUUAAGCCGGAGCCAUCGCCACGGCUCGCACCAACCCCGGUGUUUGCUGCCUGCUCCUAGUCUCGCCUCGUCACGGCCUUUCACGCUCCAUAUUGAAAACGCUGCUGACGGCGGCCGCUGGCCAAGUUUUUUUUCAGCCACGCGCACGCGCGCGCGUGUGUAUAUGUGUGCGCGAGCGCGUCCGCCGUGCCUGCAUGUGAGUCGGCCGUACGUUGUUGUUGUUGUCGGCCAUCUGCUGACUUGUUGAGUGCCGAGCUGCCCUGGGUGUUAAAGUGAACAGCUUGUGAGAGAGCGGCGGUCGCGAGCCACAGGCGACAAGUUGGGAGGAUUUUUUUACGAGCUGUGUCGCCCCCACUAACCCUCCAUUCCUUCGUCUAUCGGCGAGUGUCGUCGUCGCAUGCCCUCCGCCCUUUUGCGAGAGCUUCCACCGCCUGCUGCGACGGUUCCUUCCCGUGUACUUUACCAGCGGGAAGUGCUGGCGUCACCGCUGUUGCCGCGCGGCACGAUGGCACGUCACACGAACGACAGUCGUCGCCUGGGAAGUCAACCCUCAGGGUAGGUGAGGGGCACGACAACGACACACACACGCACACCGCCGGACCAACAACCACUUUUGUUCGUCAAGUCACCGUUGGAGAUUUUGGAUCGCUGGCACGUACUUCCCUUCCGAGAAGAAGCCAGAAGGAAGAGCGUCGUUCUCCCCCCGUUGCUUGGGGGGUGGGAGGAGUGUCAGUGAGUGCGUUGGGAGAAAAUAUUUCCGGAAAAGUUGGGAGUCGCUCGGCGUUGGAAGGCUGUGUCCUCACAAGCCACCCUCGAUGUCGUCGGCUUCGCUGUGUUUUCUCGCUCUUCCCGACGUCCCCGUGGUGACAGAGCCGCUGCUGUCGCCAGACACGGAGGAUCCAGACUCCUCCGUCUUGGACCUGUCCUUGAAGAAGCGGCCUCGCCUGGACUCCUCCUCGCCCGACGAGCCGCCCUCCCCUCGCUUACGUAAGAGCGACUCGGGGGACGAGUGCUUCAGUCAGGAUGAGUUCGGUCUGGGGGAUCCUUUCCGGCAAGAAGCUUCUGGCAUGGGUACCUACAAAAAACAUCUUCUCAAACGCUACUUGGAUGCCUGCGAGCAGCAGCAGCGGAAUGGCCGGCAGGUGGCAGCAGAGGCGCUGCUCAGCAUGGACUCACCCAGCACCAGCGCCGAGUCGCGAACCUUCUUGCAGGGCAUCCUGGCCGCCGACCACAGCCUGCACCAUCACCAAGCCUCAUUGCCGCCAAGCCCUGCCGACAGUGGAGUGUCGGACCUGGACAGUGCCUCUGAUGAUGUCAGACUUCGAUUACAUGCUUUCGCUGCCAGCACUGGUUCAGGUCUUCAGGUACCCGCGGCCUUCAUGUCACCUUUUUGUCAACCCCCGCCCGCCCAUCAGCCUCUACCCGCACACUUCAACACGGCAACACACAUCACCAUGCGGCCAGCCGACCCUGUGUUUCCACCCUCCAGCCCGGCCCUCCCCACCACAGCGCCCCCUGCCUCGGAGUCGUGCCGCAGCAGCCCCCCGCCUUCGUCCCCAGAUCGACCGAAGAGUAAAAAAGGUCGGAAACCGAAGGCUGUCGAAUACCCGGUGUGCUCACAGUCCAAGCGGAAAAGAGAAGGUAACACGACGUACCUGUGGGAGUUCCUGCUGCAGCUGCUGCAGAACCGCGAGACGUGCCCCCGCUACAUCAAGUGGACCAACCGGCAGCGGGGCAUCUUUAAGCUGGUGGACUCCAAGGCCGUCUCCAAGUUGUGGGGUAUGCACAAGAACAAGCCGGACAUGAACUACGAGACCAUGGGCCGCGCGCUGAGGUAUUACUACGCGCGGGGCAUCCUCAACAAGGUGGACGGGCAGCGGUUGGUGUACCAGUUCGCCGACGUGCCCAAAGGCAUCGUGGAGAUCGACUGCAGCAGCUGCUGAUGCUCCUCUUCACCUCCUCGUGGCCAAAUGUCACGUGGUUUUGACGCUUUUGGCUUUUCUCGCACUUUGCCCAGAAAAGGAAGACGUGCAUGUCUUGAAAAAAGGUGAAAGAGAGGAAAGUCCCCCUAGACUUUGUUUUCUUUUUUGAAAAAAGGAAAAGAAGGGGAGAGGCAGCGUUUGUGUGCCAUUGAUCGCUGGCUUACCGCCCUGGCCUCCUCAUCCAGUUCUUUACCUUGUGGUUUAUUGCCUGAAGAGUCUCCAAGACUUGAGCUGUUUCAAGCAGUACAACCGUGUCUGGUGCCUCAUAAGCAGUUGGGCGAUGAUAAUUUUGUCAUAUGUGUGCGUGUCUGUCAGUGUGUGCUUGUGUGCCCACUGCGCAGACAACUUGUUGAAAAUAACUCAAACCAAAGGACGCUAACAAUGCAAGGAUGACGCUUCCUGCCUGCGCCUCAUCCCCACCCCAACCCCAACCCCUUUCAGGAAUGUCGGCGUCUGGGUAACUCACCCGUUGAAGCUUUUUGCACCAGACUGAUGUGCCUUUGUCAGUGUUUUCUUCACCUGUCUGGCGCAACACAGCCUUGUUAGGCUAGCUAGGAGCUCAUGGACAGGCAACCACGGACAUUGUUUGCAACUGCUGGUGGUGUUGGUGUGCUUGUGGACGCAGUUGCUGCUGUAUGGAACCCGAGUCUUCUGGUAUCGCAGCUCAUCGACGCUGUGGCUGGGAGGAGUUCUGCGACUGUCGACACAGAGACAUGCCAUGGAGGAGUUCUGUGACUUGUCAACAGAGGAUGCUCUGUGCACCCGAGACACUAAGUGGGUGGAGUGAUGUACACUAGACAAACUUGCUGUUGGCCAUGGAAUCUCUGUCUACCUUUUGUGCUUAGGGAGUAAGAGGAGUGGAACAAGGUCACCCAGAAGACCUCGCAGGCUUUUGACCGCGGCAAGGCCUCAAGCUACUCGGGAAAGCUCACUCACUGGAAGCAUCUGCAGCUAUACAACAAGGACAGUCGAACCUUGUACACAUAUACAUAACAUACACUUACAUGUUCUUUGCUCGCCACAGGUUUAGCUUUGCUGUUAGCUUUGGCUGAGGAUAAAAAUGGCAUUUUUUUUUCUUUUUAAUGGGAGAGAGGUAGGGACAAAAAUGUCAGAGCUACAUAAUUUGCUCACCCAUGCUUCCAAAGUCAGUCUUGGCAGCAUGCGAGGCCAUGAAAUUGUAUUACGUGGUAUUGUGGGAGAUUUGUUGCUUAGUGAGGAGAGAGAUAGCUCAGUAGAGUUCUCCCAUAAGGCGAAACUCAGCCCUGACCUUGCUGUCACAGAAAACAGGGUUUCUCGCCUGAAUUCACAUUCAAGGCUUCCCUCCUGAUCCUUCUCCCUCCUCUACCCACCCACCUUUUUUUUUUGAGGGGGAGAGGGCUCACGUUAAGGAAAGACAAAAGGGCAGGGUUUAAAAAUCCAUCGUUCAAACUUUCGGGUGACCCGGGAGGAAAGGGCAUUAUUGGCAUGUGGGGUGGUGGGUGGUGCUAAGGUUUGAAAAGUAGUAUCAGGGUUUUUUCCAGGCGAGUGAGAGAGAGACUGACGGUUGUAUAUCGCCCUCAACAACGCGGCGUCUCGCCUUGACGACCAACGUGUGAACUCGCUUGUUGGUGGCGCGUCCUCACGAGGCAGCCAAGGGCGGAAAUCCGGCUGAGAGUUUGUUGACUCGCGCCGUUACAUCCCCCUCCUCUCUCUCUCCCCCCACCACCCCUGAUUCCUCUUCUUCCUUCUUGAUUUUCCCUGAGCGAAAACAAAGACUUUGUUUUGUGACUGCUACUGAGGAGAAAGUGAGCCAACUUCAUUCUGCUUACAACGAUGCGGUAGUAAAACGGGGAACACAUGAUGUUCCUGGUCGCCUGCUUUCACGUGACCCACGUGAUGGGGGGGAUUAUUGGAGGGGGGUUCUUUUCUCCCCAAGAUGCCUUUCGUGUGUCAGAACCCCAUGGGAGGUGAAGGGGGGAUUAUGACUGGGGUGUCAACGUUGUUGUUGUUGCAGGCGUGUAUUGCGGGAGGUUAGUCUGACCGCUCUGCUGUUUUUUGCUUGAGGGUGAGAAGAGAUGACAAGGAUGAUGAAGACGGCGAUGUUGAGAAGCACGCCGUUGACGCUGUACGCAGGUUCCCUUGUAGCAUUUGAAUGUAGCCAGAGACUGUGAUACCGAGCAGUAGCUAACAGCAGUCCUUUUAUCUUGAUGUGGAUUGUACAUAGGCUGUUAGCUGAUGUUUAACGAACAGCAGGGGCUGUUUAAAAAAGAUGGGCGACAUCGUUACAGUGUCUUUAACGCAUUGUUGAAUUCUGUUUUUAAAAAAGUUUAUGUUUAUGUUUCCUGGGUGAUUUUUUUUUUUAACGGUGAAGGGGUGGAGGAGGAGAAAAUGUGUGUUCCCUUGAUGUUAGCCAUCCUCCAUUCCAGAACUAAAACGAGUAGCUGUAUUGACACUUCAAAGAUAGCGGCAAAGGAUGCUGCUUUUACCCCUUGGCCUCUUUGUGUACGGGUGCGAGUCUGUGUGUGCGUGCGUGCGUGUCCUUUGAUUGGUAGGCUUUGUUAUAAGACCUCAGGUUGGUCCUGAUAUGUUGAUAUUUGCUAUUAUACAAAGCACGUUGAUAAUCAAAGCAUUUGCUCGCCGCCAUGUUCUCAUUUUCUUUCCCCCCACUUCCCCUCCCAUCCUCGACUACUGCUUGGGGUGGCUACAGCACCCAGUUCCAUUGAUGGAGGGUGAGCCGCGGUGACAAAGAACUGCAAGUUCGUCUCAUUCCAUAGACUUAAACCACCACCCGCGCUCCCACCCGUCAACGCUGCUUAUAAAAUAAAAAUUAGAACAUUCCCAAUGAAUUCGUGAACAUAUUUACGAACUAGAGAAAACCCUUAUUUAGACACUUUAUAAAUUUAUUUGCCUUGAAUUUCCAGAUACAACCCUUUGUUUUAAAUCCUGUGUUAAUGCUUGUGCACGGACAGACGUGAUGGAAACUGCAUGCUGACAAAUUAUUUGUACACCUGUGUGAGUGUUCCCUUGUGAAAACUGUCUGCUCUGAUGUGGGUUUCUUGCUUUUUUUUUUUUAAAGUUGUAUUAUGACUAACGCGGCUUUGUUCGCAGACUACAUAAGUCGAAUCAGCAAAUGCAGACACGGAUUUCCGUUGAACCGGGGAUGCUCCUGUGUUGGUGCACGCAGCGAUCUGGACAUGCGCAGGAGACGCUUGACGUCAUAGCGUUGCUUGGUGACGCGCUUGUUCUCUGAAAACGGUUUUAUUUCUUCUCUCCAACCCCCCAUCCUUUCCCAGCUACCACCACCCGUGCUCCCAGUUAGUCCAGUUCCUCUGCUUCCCACCUUUUCUGAUCUUCGUGGUGUUGGAGCGUGUCGUGGCAGCCGUUUCUUCUUGCGCAACCAUCCAUCCAGCCGACCGCACAAUGUGCCUUAGCUUCACUGUGUGUCUGAACCAUUCUCCUUCCCCACCCCGCCUUCACGUUACUUUGGCGUCGUGACGUCAGCGACGGUACCCGGAAACGUUCAGCGUGUCCGCCCUGGUGGUGCAGACGACGACGGGUGCGCACACACCCGCAUAACUAGUUUUGGCCCCUUUCAAGUUAAGCCGCACUUCUUCCCACCCCUACCCGACCGGGUACCUGCAAGCCUGCAGCCAAACAUCCACCCUCCCCAUCCCACCCCGCCACUCGCGAGCGCUGAGCAAGUUCUCCGUGAGGCGUUGUCCUGACUUUAGGUAGAGGUCGGGGGUGGCGAGGGCUUCUCGUCAGGGCUGGGGUGGCAGGGUAAGGAGUCUCACGAUAGACGAGAGCUGCUACCCCCGAGCUGGAGACUUUGCAGGAUCGUGUGCGUGUGUCGUGGUUUGAUUCUGCUCCUACCCUCACUUUCCUCGACCCUCUCGUUCUGUGUAUCAUCUAUCUUUAUAUAUAUAUGUCCUCUGCACCGGCUGGACGGUCCAUGCUUUGCUGUGCUGCUGUUAAUGGCUUUGAGGUUUUGGCGCCCGAGAUCCUCUCCUCAACUAGUGCCACUGUUUUCCGUGUUCUUUACGGUUGCCUUCUGAAGUCAGUGUGUUUACGUGUGCGUGUGUGGAUGCAUGCAUGCGUGCGUGUGUGUGUGUGUGCACGUGCGUGCGGAGAGUGCGAAAGGCAGCGCGAGACUGCGGUCUUACAAUAAGAUCUCUGUCCUGUGUACAGACGCAGCAACACUCUUGAUACCUGUACAUGUUCUGUUGAUAUGGAGUGUACUGUACAAAACUGCCUACACCUGUCAAGUGUACUUGUACGACUACCCCGCCUGUCUGGCCCCUUGCGGACACCAGCAGUUGUUAAUCCAACAUGGAAUAAAGUAGUUAUUUUUGAUGU